ACUCCUUCCGCGGGACACAUGAGAGAUGGUUAAGAAGUGGAGUCAAGAAAAGGCAACGGAGCCCGGACGAUGUUUUUUAUUUAAAAGUUGUUUUCGACAUCGACUCUGGAUUUUUUCAUGAUUUUAUCGUUUCUUUCAGUGAGUUUAUUAUACAUUGCUUUUGUUGACAAUACGCAACUUAGCGGCGGCUGACACAGACAGGGACUUUGCUAUUUUCCGGGGGCCGACGUACCUGACGAAGAUGUGGUCUGUGGUCGUCAUCAUCCUCCUGCUGUUCUGCUACGCUUGUCUUUCAACUGGAAAUGGAGAAGUGCGUUUUGUCUCGAAGAACUUUCACAAUGUUCUCCACUGGGACCCUGUGGCGCCGACCUCUGCAGGGGAACAGGUGCUCUACAGUGUCCAGUACCAGAGGUAUGCUGGAGAGCAGUUCCAGACGAAACCAGAGUGUCAGAACAUCAGCGCUCUGACCUGUGACCUGACUGCGGAAACGCCAUCGGUUCCUGACAUCCACUACAACGCCAAGGUGCUCGUUAACGGACGCAUGAUUGGCCGCACCAUCGCCAGGUUCAAACCGAUAGCAGAGACCGCGCUGGGUGCCCCAAACUUGUCCACACACGCAAAUGUGUCCUCCCUGUUUGUUAAUGUCACUCUGCCCUUGGGGCCAAAUGGAGUCUCCGUGGCAGACAUCAUCAGCAACAGCAAGAGCGGGCCGUCCCAAACUGUCAUCGAAUAUACCUUAAAGAUCACAGAGCCAAAGUGGGCUGCGUUGGUCAGUGAAGGCACCACCGGCCAAUUUGUCAUCAACCUGAAAAACAACCGAACUAAAUACUGCGGCCAUGUGGUCUACAAGCCUUUUUCUGAAUGGGGCCGCAACUUGAGUGAGGAGGCCUCAUUCUGCGUCACGUUACCAGAUUACCCAGGGAUGCUCUCACCGUGGUUUAUCGCCAUCGCUGCUCUUCUGGUGGCCGUCGUCACGAUGUCCGUCGCGUGGACCUGCAAUUAUGUGAAGGGUGGAAAGAAAGCCGACAUGCCAGGCUCACUGGGAACCACAUCCGGCACCUCGAAGCAUCAAGUACUGCAACCUCCAGACGGCCGAAUCAUCAUCUCUACACCGGUGGUCUGCAGUCCACAUGUGUCUUCAGUUAGCCAUGUGGGUUACUCACCCCAGGACAUGCCCUGCCAGGCCUGGCAAGACAGCACUGGGACAUCUGAGGACACUGGUGAACACAGUCCAACCUCAAAUCACCAGAGCGGCCAGUCCUCAGGAAUCUACGGUUCAGUGGCUGUUCAGAUACCUGAGGAUGGGAAUCCAGGUGUUCAGCAGGUUACCACUGACCACACAGUGAUCAGGAACCUACCUUUCAGAUCAGAACCCUGGGAUAAAGGUGGUUUAAAGUCAAUGUCACAUGGAGUACCACGAUUACCUGAUCCGGAUGCUUGUGAGAUCAAUGCCGCCAUUCAUCUGCACACGGUGCGGGACCCCAACGGACAACUGGUGCUGCCAUCGCUUGCUCCUCAGCUACAGAGCUGCACAGGGGACACAGGGAGAACCCCUCUAUUAUUGUCCCUCAUAGACUCUACGGAGGAACGCCCUCUGUUGGCAUCACUGCACAGCUUCGACAGCUCGGAGUGGUCGGACUCCGGCUGCGAUGACGGCACUUUGAACUCACCAACCCAGCCAUACGCCAACAGCCAUUAUAUCGCAUCUCACGCACCUGCUCUACAUUUGAACCUGCAGUGUCAGGACGCGCCAUCCUGUGACGCCAUAUUCGAAUCAGUUUACAAACAAAACUGGCUCCCUGAAAUCCUUCAUGAAGCUGCGUCCAAAGACAUUUGUGGAUACACACAGACAAACUAUCGCAGGAACUGGACUCCAACCAAAGAGGAGGAGGAGGAGGAGGAGGAGGAGGAGGAAGGUGAAGAAGAUGACGACAGGGGAGAGGAGAGAUCGAGGCCAAUUGUUCUGGGGAGUUGGCUGGUACGACUUCAAGAAUAGAUCUGUUCUCUAUAAUCGUAGAGAAAACAAUUGGGUCAACAAAUGUUGAGUUGUUUUCAUUCCAGUAGCCUUAAUAACAAAAGAGGGAGGAGACAGUGGAUGGGAUGGGCACUUAAUGACAACAUAACUCAGCAGGUAAAUGCUUUGGAUACUUGUUUGUAUGAAGCAGCCAAGUUGCAAGAGUCAUAAUGUUGUAAUGUCCCUUUGUUUUUCUUUUGUUCUUGGGUUUCGGAGUUGAAUGAUGAUCAGAAAAGUCUUCUUUUUGUAGAGUAUGUCAGAGUGAAGUUGACCUUUGACUUUAUUUUAUCCAAAUAGUCAUUUCUCUGUCAUAUCUGGAGAAUUAAUUCUUGAGUUGUAUCAAAAAAACAGGACCUUUCAGCACCAAGGCCGGAGGAAAGUCAGGAAAGUUUCACCUUCAUGAGAACGUGACCGAUGGGCGGACGAUGUGAACUCAUUACUCCUCUGAAGUACAUCUAACAACAGCCCCAACUUUUCAAACUUCACAACGAUGACACAACAGAAACUUCUUACAGAAACUUCUUACACUCCCUAAAUACACCAACCCUGUCUGGUCACUUAAAAAUUACAGAGUGAGCAAUCAGCCUUGGAUCAGAUACUCGCCGAGUCCGUUGAGCUGUUUGAAGGAGAAAUAAAAUGACUGAACGUUUUAACUAAAAUAUUCUUAUUUCUACACUCGUGGAAACACAUGUCAGUAUUAUAAAUAAUGUAUAAAAAACUAAUUAAAAUCUGUCCAACAGUACUAAAGUAUUGUAAUAUGAAAACAUAUAUAUAUAUAUGUAUAUUUUUGCGUGACACACAGUUCAUGACCUCAUUUUGUUUUCCUUAUUGUUUGCUGCUCUGUCCUUGUAAGACAAACACAGCAUGCAACACUUUUUGAGGAGUUGGGGUCAAGGUGCAGCCACAGUGAUAAGAGCUUGGUUUUUAAAUGGCCUCACGCAAUCUCUUAGGAAACUUGUAAAGUAAUAAUGUCAGGUGUGUUCGGUGUGGUUGAGUCACACUCUGCACAAAACCUGUAUGCUGUGAAGUGUGUGCUUGAUGUAAAUGACUGAAUGCAAUUAUCAAUUACAUUUGUUUUAUUCUGUGUUUAACAGUUUCGACUUUCUACUGUACCAAAUGUUUAUGUUGGAAGGUUGGACUUGCAUCGAAAGAUAUUUACAACAAUGAGAAAAUAACAUGUCUUUGCAUUUUAUAUUGAAUUAUAUU